AUGUCAGCUUCUGGCGAACGCCGUGAAAUUGUGAUCGUUGGUGGUGGUAUCAUCGGAUGCUGCUCAGCUUAUUAUUUGACCAGACAUCCUUCUUUUGACCCUUCACGGCACUCGGUGACUCUCAUUGAAGCAUCCGACAUCGCAGGAGGGGCAUCGGGCAAAGCAGGAGGCCUUCUGGCAUUGUGGGCUUACCCGAGCAACAUCGUCCCACUGAGUUACAAGUUGCAUGCGGACUUGGCUAAGGAGCACAAUGGCAAGGAGCGAUGGGGUUAUCGAGAAGUCAAUUGCGGACAGCUCAUGGCGAAGGGCCGUCCUCUCAGCGACAAGAAAGACGCCAGCGCAGGAGCGAGUGGGAGCUCGGUGUCACUACAGAAGCGGAGCGCCGAUGCCAUGGGAAAAUUAAAAGCUGCGAAGUUUCCCAAGGAUCUAGACUGGUUUGAGCCUGAGGCUGUGAGAAGCUACACAAGCAUGAGUGAUCCUGGAGAGACCGCCCAGGUUCAUCCUUAUCUCUUCACCACUUCUAUCGCUAAGCUUGCCGAAGAGAAGGGUGCAAAGAUAAUACUGGGCUCCGUUACCGGCAUCGACUAUUCCGGAGAUGCUGUCCAGUCAGUAUCGUAUACUGACAAGAAGACGGGUGAAUCGCACAGCAUCUCCGCAACGGACGUUGUUGUUGCUGCCGGUCCCUGGACGAGGUCGGUCUUGCCAGAAGCCCCUAUCACGGCGACUCGCGCACACAGUGUUGUUAUCCGGCCAGUUGAGCCAGUCAGCGCAUACACUCUGUUCACCAGCAUUGACCUCCCGGCCAAUUUCGAUCCGACGAAGCCUUCUCAACCUGAUGAGGCCUCGCCGGAGAUCUAUGCUCGCCCAGACAAUACAGUUUAUGCAUGUGGUGAAGGCGAUCACGUUGUUCCGCUUCCGAAAACCAGCGCAGAUGUGGAAGUAGAUCAAGUGCGAUGCCAGGAUAUCAUCAACCAGGUCGGCAGCAUCUCUGAUCGACUCCGUGAUGGCGAAGUCUUAGCCCGACAGGCUUGUUACUUGCCCAAUGUGGCUGCUGCACGCGGGGGUCCAUUGAUUGGUCAUACUGGCACCAAGGGGCUAUACCUUGCUGCUGGCCAUACUUGCUGGGGCAUACAAAACGCCCCGGGUACUGGCAAGCUGAUUAGCGAAUUCGUCUUCGAUGGUGCAGCUAAAAGUGCGAAGAUCGGUUCGCUGGACCCAAGGAACUUCCUGUAG